GCACGGCCAUGGAGCCCCUCUCCCUCCAGGAAUACAUCUGCUCCCUGGACCCCACCACCCUGCCCCGCAUCCUCAGGAUUUGCUCCGGUGUCUACUUCCAAGGGUCCGUGUACGAGAUCUCGGGCAACGAAUGCUGCUUGUCCACGGGCGACCUGCUCAAGGUGACAGCCGUGGCGCUGCAGAAGGUCAUCUGUGAGGAUGUGGGCACGGGGCAGACCACGGAGCUGCCACCGACCUUUAAGGGUGAGCGGGGCUGCCCUGCCCCAUCCCGCACCCCAGGGCCGGCACCGUCGGGACCCGUCCCAGAGGGCGGCAGGGACCGGGGGCUGACGCUGCAGCAGGCACUGGGCAAGGGGCAGUCACAGCCGGUGCUGUGCCGAGCCCUGGGCCCCCGAGCGCUGAUCCUGCGCCCCGUCUAUGAGGUGCACGCUGCUAUGGACCUGCGCAGGGACGUGGUGAAGAUCCCCUCCACGCUGGAGGUGGACGUGGAGGACGUCACGGCCGAGGCGCAGCACGCCCGCUUCUCCCAGCCGCUGCUGCUGAGCGAGGUGCUGGCCAUGGCGCACGUGCUGCCGGUCCAGGCCGAGAUCCUGGAGGGCCCGGCCGGCCCCGCCGUCUUCCAGAGCUCCUGGGUGCCGCGGCUGCGCCAGGGGCAGCGGCUGCAGCUCCACGGCUGCUCCGGCUCAUGGCGAGUGCUGGCCUCGGCCCCGGGCAGGCGCCGCCAUUUCCUGCUCGCCAGCACCUACCGGGGCCAGCUCCGGAUGCGGCCGCGCCAGUUCACGGGGGUGCAGGAGCUGGCGGCCGCCGUGUGCCCGGGCCGGGCCCUGCGCGUGGUGGUGACGCAGGACUGCGAGGGACGAGGCCUCCACGUGCCCCCACUCAGCGUCGGCGACCGCCUGGAGGCCAUGGGGCUGCAGGGGCACGGCCCCGGCACCCGCCUGCGCUGCCACCGCCACAGCGGCGACGAGGAGGAGGAGGAGGAGGAAGGCGAGGAGCUGCUGCUGCCGCUGGACCUGGGCGGCAGCUUCGUGGAGGAGGCACGUGGCAGCAGGAGGUACGGGCUCGAGGAGCUGCUGGAGCGGCGGGCGCUGCCCUGCGACGUGCGCGUGGUGGCCCCGGACCCGGCGCUGGCGGGGGACGCGCUGGGCACCCUGCCCGCCCUGCGCCUCGAGGCGCGCCUGCACCUGCCCGUCCUCGUGGGCAGCUUCUGCGAGGAGCCCGAGCAGGGCUUCGAGGUGCCGCCGCGGUGGAUGGACUGCUCCGUCCUGCUGCGCCAGGGCCCCGUGCGCCCCGCGCCCCACUGCGCCCCCGUGCAGGAGCUCACCGAGGACUUCUACUACCGCUUGCUGGCACAGCUGCCCCGCAGCGAGGCCCCGCCGCCCCCCCGGCCCCCCAAGCCAGUGCAGGCGGGGAUGGCACCAAGGGGGAACCCCCCCUCUUCGGCACCCCAAUCCCCUGGCCCCGCGCUGAUGGGUGCCUGCGCGGCUCCUCCAGUGCUGCCCCAGAGGAGCGCUUCCAGCCUGUGUGGACAGCGGGGAUGCCCCGGGGAUGCAGACCCAGGAAGUGACAGCUCUGAGCACGAUUACGAAACCAUCGACGACGCCAUCCAAAAGCCAGUGCACAAAAUGCAGGCAAUUUUCCCCUUCUAGUCCUGCACCCUGUGAAAGCCACCGAGCCUCCAACCACCCCGAGACCUUGUGUGCCAUUGGCUGCUUGCAGAGGCUAACUCCAGCCCUGGGGAUGCACAGCAGAGCCCUCAGUUGUCUCAGUCCUUGCAGAGCAGUGCCCACGUUCCUCAA